UGGAUGUAAACAUUGUUUGUUUGACAGCUCUGUACUUCGUGACAUCGGAUCCAACUUAACUCCAGCUAUGGCAGAAACGGCUCCUGCUCCCGCGGCUGCUCCGGCCAAAUCCCCGAAGAAGAAGACGGCAAAAGCGAAAAAGUCUGGACCGAGCGUGUCAGACCUUAUCGUGGAGACUAUUGCUGCAUCUAACGAGCGCAAAGGAGUUUCUCUGGCUGCUCUGAAGAAGGCUCUGGCAGGUAGUGGAUAUGAUGUUGAGAAGAACAACUCUCGCGUCAAGCUUGCUUUGAAAUCGCUUGUGAAAAAGGGCUCACUCGUUCAAACUAAAGGCACCGGCGCGUCCGGAUCCUUCAAGGUGAGCAAGAAACCAGCAGCAGCCAAACCACAAGUGAAGAAAGUUGACGCGAAACCGAAGAAACCAGCCGUGAAAAAGGCGCCGGUCAAGGCGGCGAAGCCGAAAAAGGCAGCAGUAAAGAAAUCAGCAGUGAAGAAGUCUCCCAAGAAGGUGAAGAAACCGGCUGCCCCAAAGAAAGCCGCCAAAAGCCCGAAAAAGGUGAAGAAACCGGCUGUUAAGAAAGUUGCGAAGAGUCCCAAGAAGACCAAAGCAACGAAGCCUAAAGCAGCGAAGCCUAAAGCUGCAAAGCCCAAAACUGCCAAGGCGAAGAAGGCCGCCAAGAAGAAGUAGACUGACAGACAGACUUCAUUUCAUAAACCCAACGGCUCUUAUAAGAGCCACCCCAUCUUCAAAAAAGUGCAAAUAUUGCCAGUGCAUGUAUGAAGGCUGAUGCGUUUUUUGUUAGACUGCGAAGAUGCUUUCGAGCUGGGUUGUGAGACCAUGUUUUGGGAAGUUAUAUAAAGACUUGACUCUUAUUGCUUGUACAUAUCACCAGCAUAAGUGAACAAUGCUGUGGAAACCUUUUCUCAAGAUAGGCUUGUAAAAUAUGUGACAGUGUCUACCUCUCUAACUGACGCGCAAAGCCGAUUACUUUGUGUAGAUUUUUCAAUCCUCCAGAGAUUAGACGGAUCCACCGGUUGGAAAGUGUCCAAAAUGUGCAUACUUUAACGAAUACAAGUUCAUAAUAAAUCAUGUGCGCGCAAACGUGCACGUAUAUGUGACUCAAUAUGAUGAAUGUUUUUAUAAAUGCUAUGUUUAUGGUAGCUAUAUUAUUUUGUGUUCCCUUAUAUGAGAACUUCAUCGUGUAAAUACAGCAAUAACAGAACAAACAGUUAAAUUAUUCAUUGUUAAAUGAGAGUGUGUUGAUGUUGGAUAAUGUUUAAUCAUGGAAAUUGUUUGUUUGGUCUUUGUUUUUCCUGUUUGUACUAUAACAUUGUCCCUAUCCACAAACUUACAUUUGAUCAAAACAUGUAUAAAACUCUAAAUAAAAUAAAUUCAGAAUCUAA